AUGGAGAUUCGACGUUUGAAGAAUGGCUCCGGGCGACCAUUAAUGGAUGUUGAUGAGGUUCUGCAGGAAGCUGUUGAUUCAAAUCCGUCGAUAAGUACUCGCGAACUUGCCAGGAAGUAUGAUGAGUCGAAAGGCUUCAGUCAUCCUCUUGUUGGUAUAGAAUCAUCUCAUUUCCUAAAAGCUAAGCCAUGCCCUAUCAUUCACCUGAGGUUUGGUUGCGGACAAAUGUUCUGGUGCCUCCUCGAUAUAGUCCCCAUCAAAAAUGAGAAGCGAGAAGUCGUCCUCUUUCUAGCUUCACAUAAAGACAUUACACAAAACAAAUGCCAGGAACUCCAAUCGGCUGAGGAAGACUUGUCACCAACUGGUAAGCUAUCUACUUAG